AUGAACUACAUGGGGCAGCUUGCUGAGACCGUCUUUGUCAUGGUGAAGGAGCUUUACCGGGGUCUGAACCCUGCCACCCUGAUGGGCUGCAUCAAUGUGGUCAUGGUGAGGCAGCCCGAUAACUCCUUCCAGUGCUCCCCGUUCUACGUGUGCUUCAGGAAGCUGGAUGUGCUGCUCUCCAAGGAGAUGGUGAGUGGCACAGUUGACAUUGAAAUCAAUGGGGAGCCUGUGGACCUGCACAUGAAGCUGGGAGACAAUGGAGAAACCGUCUUCGUCCAGGAGUUGGAGGAGAAUGAGGUUGGUGAUGAAGAGGUGCUCUGGUCCAUGUUCUCCUGUGACCAUCUGGAGGUGGAAGCUUGA